AUGGAAAAAGAACGCUCGUCGGAUUUUACCUCCGCAUUCGCCUCCACCAAAUUCUGCUCAUAUCCAGCCUAUUCCUACCUACCACGACCGCACUCCACCGCAUCAGCAUCCAUGUCUCUCGUCUCCGCUCUCAACCACGAACCCAUGCUAUCCGCUCAACACUCCACCAUGACCCCUUCAUGCAGCGUCGUCCCCCAGGACGGCUCCUCCGCCUGGCCCGCCUCCGCGGCUGCAGCCGCUGCUGCAGCGGCGCAAGCGCAGUCCCACGCGCCCAUGUGGGCCUCUUCGCCAUUCCACUGCCAAGGGCUUCCGCCUCCCGCACCCAACGGCUCCGCGUGCUACUCGUUCCCCGGAGCUGAGCCUGCGCCGCCCAUGUUCACGUUCCCGCAGUUCCGCCUGACGAACACUCUCGCUGCGGCGCAGCUGAUGGAAGCGGGAGCUUCCGCCUCCGCCGCUGCUGCCGCCGCCGCGACCGGAUCCGAUAGCAAGGGCAAGCGGUUGAACGAGAAUGCGUCAGAGGCGUUGAGCAAUCCGGCUCUCGCGCUUCGACCGCGGAAGAGAGGACGUCCUUCGAAGAAAGACCGUGCUGCAGCCGCGGCGGCAGCGGCGGCGGCGGUAGCGGCAUCGCAUACCGCUUCUGCAGCUGCACGGACUGCGUCCGCCGCGAUUGGCGCAGCCUCUCCCGCCGGCGGUACCUCUGCGGCUUGUAACCCGCUGGAACAGGCAGCUGCUGGCGUUACUGACGGCACUGGCGGUGCCACUACCACGGACCAAUCCAACCUAACCACGAGCCAGCCUGGAGUCUCCGAGCGAAAAAUGCCGCAGCUUUUACCGCGUAUGCCUGCCUCCGCCACUUCGAUUCCCUCCGCCGGGUUUCCGCCCAUGCACAUGUCUAUGCCGUACGGCGCGAAUCUGAGCGCGACGCCUAUGCACCCGUCGAUGUUUUCCGGUGGCCCGUAUGCUGCGGCGGCAGCGGCGGCCGCGGCGGCUGCGGCUGCGGCAAUGGUUGCGCCUGCCACUGGCGCCGCUGGGCCGUGUUCUUCGCUAGGAUCGUUUUCGCAGGUCAUGUACGAAGCUGUACAGCAGCAGCAGCAGCACCAGCAACAACAGCAGCAGCAACAGCAGCAGCAACAACAGCUUCAGCUGCAGCAACAACAGGCCCAAAUCAUGCAGUCGCAAAUGUUCGCAGCAGCUACGCCUCUUAGCGCAUCGGCGGGGAACGCGCCGCCGCCUGUCCUUGGUAUCCCUGUUCACGGUUAUAAUAUAUUCUCCUUGGUCAAACCGCUCGAGAGCACCCUACGCACGCCGUCCGCGAGCUUGCCGCAAGCUUCCGCUCUGAAACCCGCGGUGUCCGUCGCCAACGGCGCAAAUGGCGGCGCCGCUAACGAUGCCGGUUUGUUACAGGUUCAAGAGCAGCAGGGCAGUAGCGGCGCUGUGAAACCCUCCGCGGCGGCUGCUGCUGGUGGGGCGGAGAACGGCGGAAAGGAUGGUGACGCUGCUUCUCCUGGCACUGCCGGUCGAUCGUCGCUGACUUCUGAAGUGUCUCCCUCUCCAGAUGCGAUCCCAGCCAUCGAUUGGAUGCUCGGGCAGAUGAAACGUUCGAUGGGUCAGCCGAAAAAGGAUUCCGCUGCAGCAGCUUCGAGUGUGGUGGCAGAGCACGGAGAUGAAACCCCUGCUGCAGCGGGCAGUGGUUCCGCGGGUAGUGGCUCCGCUUCCGCUUGGCUGCCCGUUCCCCGGUCGCACAGAUCUGCCCCUCCCCCCGAAACAAUGGAGUGGACGCAGCAGGUGGAGAAAUGGACGAAAGGAAGCAAAGAGGAGCUUCUAAGGUUGAACGGAGUGGUAGAGAGCAUAGCGGUCGUGCCAGGGACGGCAGUACCUGACGCAGCAGGCUGGGUGGGGACUGGGGGAGGUGGAUCUAACUCCGCGGUUGGUGGGGGGAGAGGAGCAGGGCGAGGCGCGGCAGGGGGAGAGGGGCCCGGGAGAGGAGGGAGAGGGAGGGGAGGACGCCAGUCGGGAAAGAGAGAAGGAAGAGGUGGUGCGGGGAACGCUGCUGCUGCUGUUGGUGGGAUUACAGGAGACCCGAGUGCGGUGUUGCAGGGCGCUACUGGUAGUGGCAUUGGAAACAACAGCAGUGGCAGCAGCGGUGGCAUGGGGUACAGUGGGCGCAAGGAUGCGUUGGUGCUGACGUUUCGAGAGGCCAAGGUGUCCGUGGUGGAGUUUGAUGAUGCGGUGCAGAGGCUUAAACGGGCCAAGGUGUCUGUGGUGGAGUUUGAUGAUGCGGUGCAGAGGCUUAAAGUCAGCCAAGCCAGCUCAAAAACCUAUCCUGUAAGCUCCGUCGUCCUCCUCCACCGUCCCGUCCUCCCGAACCUCCAGGUGCGGGAUUUUGUCUUCUUGUCCGAGCCUGGAGACCCGAUAGUGGCGGUGCUGUGGGAGGAGGGCAGCGCGUGGGCGGGGAGGCUGGGAGGGUCCUCCCCUGCUGUGCUGGAGGCGCGCUUCUCCUGUGCUGUCACCUUCCUGCGAGUGUCGCUGCACACCCGCUCGCACCUCAUCCUUGGGACCACCAAGGUGAGCAUAGCAGCAGUGCUGUGGGAGGAGGGCAGCGCAUGGGGGGGAAGGCUGGGAGGCUCCUCCCCUGCUGUGUUGGAGGCGCGCUUCUCCUGUGCUGUCACGUUUCUGAGAGUGUCCCUGCACACCCGCUCGCACCUCAUCCUUGGAACCACCAAGGCCCGCUUCUCCUGUGCUGUCACGUUUCUGCGAGUGUCGCUGCACACCCGCUCACACCUCAUACUUGGGACCACCAAGGUGAGCAUAGCAGCAGUGUUGUGGGAGGAGGGCAGCGCGUGGGCGGGGAGGCUGGGAGGCUCGUCCCCUGCUGUUCUGGAAGCCCGCUUCUCCUGUGCUGUCACCAUCUUCCUUUCGACUCCUACAGUCUCUCCCCCGCCACCUUCCCCCCAACCUUCCCCUCUCCCCUCCCUCUCCUUCCCCCUCGCUCCACCCUGUCUUGCAGCUUCUUCCGUUCGACUCCUACGCUCUCUCCCCUCUCCCCAAUAUCUUCCCCUCUCCCGUUCCCCUUCCCCCCCACUCCACCCUGUCUUGCAGCAUCUUCCGUUCGACUCCUACGCUCUCUCCCCUCUCCCCAAUAUCUUCCCCUCUCCCGUUCCCCUUCCCCCCCACUCCACCCUGUCUUGCAGCAUCUUCCGUUCGACUCCUACGCUCUCUCCCCUCUCCCCAAUAUCUUCCCCUCUCCCGUUCCCCUUCCCCCCCACUCCACCCGUCUUGCAGCAUCUUCCUUUCGACUCCUACUCGCUCUCCCCCGCCCCCUUCCCCCCUGGGGGCCUGCUCGUCCUCUCCCCCCACUCCCUCCACUUCUGCUCCUCCUCCUCCACCUGCCACCUGGCGCUCAACGAUUCGUCGCCGCCCGCGCUGCCAGAUGGCACCGAGAUCCCCCGUCCACGUCAGCAGCCGGGGCAGGCGCCACUGUCCGUGGAGCUGGAAGCAGCCCAUGCCACGUGGCAGCCUGUGAUUGGGCCAUCUGGGGGGCCGGUUGGAGUUGGUGGGAGCAACAGCAGUGGGAGCAGCAGCAGCAGUGCUGUUGCGUUUCUUGCGAGUAAAGGCGGGGCGCUGGUGGUGGUGAAAGUGAUGCACGAGCCAAAGGCGUCCACGUUCCGCUUGGACCUACUGCAGGUUCGGGCCACUGUGCAGGCUUCGGGCAUCCUCAGCCUCGGCCCGAACCUGCUGUUUGUGGCCAGCAGGCUCGGCGACAGCAUGCUCAUUCGCUACCGAGCCAACGAGCAAGGACUGGAGAAGCAGCGAGGGGCCAAGCGCUUGAAAGCAGACGAAGCCUCUGAUGGCGAAGCUGGUGCAGCAGCUGUUCCUGCAGCUCCUGCUGAUGCAGCUGCUGGUGCGGAGGAGGAGGAGCAGUCACAGGAGGGAUUCUCCUUCCGUGUGUGCGACUCGCUGCUCAACAUCGGUCCCAUCCGAGACCUCGUGCCCGUCCCGGCCUUCCCCACGCCCACUCCUCAGAAGGACCAGCAGCAGCAGCAGCAGCAGCAGCAGAUGCUGGUUGCAUGUAGUGGGCAUGGGAAGAACGGUGCCCUGUCCGUGCUGCUGCAGCGAGUGCCACUAGAUGUGCUCACACAGGUACUGCGUGGUGCUGGGGACAGGCAGCUGUGCCUGUGCCCGAUACAACUCGUGCCUUCCGUUCCUCCCUUGCUCCCUUCCCCAUCACAGGAGGACCCUCCCUUGCUUGGGAAGGAGGAUCUGCCCGGCUGCUGUGGCCUGUGGACUGUCUAUGGCUCUGAGCUACCCUCCGAAGCAAGGGACGGAGGAGGAGAUGGGCUAACAACAGCAGGGGAGGCAGGAGGGACGGUGGGAGGGGAAGAGGGAGCAGGGAAGGGAGGAGUAGGAGGGGUUGAGGGUGGUGAGGAGGGGUGUGGAGCAGGUGCUAUGGAGGUGGAGGGAGGGAGUGGUGGUGGUGGUGGAGAGGGGGGGAAGGGAGAUAGAGGAGGCAAUUACCAUGGGUUCCUUGUGUUGGCGUUUGAAGGGCAAAGCAUGGUGCUGGAAACAGGUGAGCUGCUUCGGGAGGUGCUGGAAACAGGAGAGCUGCUUCGGGAGGUAUCAGCAGAAGUGCUGGAAACAGGAGAGCUGCUUCGGGGGGUGUCACCAGAAGUCAGCUUGAUCACCGAUGCACCCACCCUCCUGGCUUCCAAUCUCUUUUCCCGCCGCUGCAUCCUCCAAGUCACUCCCUCCCUCCCUCUUCUGCCUUUCCCGCCCCAACCGCAGGUAUUAGAAACAGGCGAGUUGCUUCGGGAGGUAUCAGCGGAGGUCAGCUUUAUCACAGACGCGCCCACCCUCCUGGCCGCCAACCUCUUUUCCCGCCGCUGCAUCCUCCAAGUCACGCCCUCAGCCGUCCGAUUGCUCGCCAGCUCAGCCAGCCUGCUGCAGGAGAUGCUGCCACGUGGCAUGUUGUCUGGGGUGGGGGAAGGGGGCGGGGAGGGGAUGGAGGAGGGGAAGGAGGGUGGAGAGGACGUGGAGAUUGAGUCUGCUGACGUGGCGGAUCCAUAUGUCAUGCUGCGAUUGGUGGAUGGCCGAUUCGUGCUGCUAGGCCCAGAUGGGAAGCAGGGGUCCGGCAAGACAGGGGCGAAAGGAGAUGAGGAGAUGGGGGUGAAGGAGGAGAGGAGUGAGGAGGGGAGGGAGGAAGGGAAAGAGGUUGAUGUUGAGAUGGAUGGUGGCAGUGGUGCUGGGAGUGGUGCUGGGAGUGGUGGGGAUAAGGGCGUGGGUGUGAAAGCAGAGGAGGAGGAGGUGAAAGCAGAGGCGAAAGAUUCAGAGGCAUCAAAGAAACCAGAGAAGGAUGGAGGAGCAAGCGCAGUAGCAGCACACACGCCUGCACCAGUUGCCACCUCCCCGUCAGCGCCUGAUUGGCCGAAGGUGUUCGCUGUCGAUCUGCAUGUGUCCGUCAACCCCGUCACCGGGCGGCUAUUUUUGUUUGUAGUGCUUUCAGACGGGCGGCUGCUGGGGUUCAGAGCGUUCUGCCCCUCGGGAGCCUCCCCUCGAGAUGUGAUUGCGGCGAGCGUGACAAUAGCGGGGGAGCGUGGUGCGAGGGUGGGAGGGCGAGCAGGGGGAGGAGGAGGAGGGCAGGGGAUGGAGGAGGGGGAGACUGGAGGAAGAGUAGGUAGCAUUGGGGUAGGUGGAUUAGGGUUGGGUGGAUUAGGGGUAGGUGGGUUGCGGUUUCAGAGGGUUUGUUUAGAGGAGGAAGAGGCAGGGAUUCAUGAGGUGGAGGGGGAGGAGGAAGAUGAGGAGGAGAGGAAAGGGGAGGGGGUGGUGGGGAGAGAGGCAGGUGCAGGUAAUGGGGGUGGAAGGGGAGAGGGCAGGGUGAAACAGGAGGGAGGCGAGAAUGGGGAAGGCGAGAGUGGGGGAGGUGAAAGUGGGGGAGGUGAUACUGCAGCAGAAGAGAAGGCGCAGGGGGAGGAGGGUACGGAAGGGAGAAGGAAGGCUGGGAGAGCGAGAAAGAAGAUGCUGUUCCCGUUUCAAGGGGUGGGGCUGGAGGGGAGUGGAGGAGGGGAUGGAGGCGGGGGUGUGGGUGGGAGGGGUAAGGGUGGUGGUGGUGGCAUCGGCGGUGUCUUUGUGGCUGGGAGCAGGCCGAGAUGGCUGAUGCUGUUGCGAGACAGAGUGUGGAUGCACCCCGUGGCUAAAGAGGCAGCAUCGAGCGUGGUAGCAAUGGCACCCUUCCACAACGUCAACUGCACGCAUGGCUUCCUCCUCAUUUCCUCUCUCGGCGUGCUCUCCAUUUGCCAGCUGCCGCCCCUCUUCCAGUUCGACAAUGCGUGGCCGUUGAAUAAGAUUCCACUGCGCUCAACCCCUCACUCGGUCACACUUUCUCCCGAUGCAGCUCAUCUUUUCCUCGUCACCUCAACCCCCGUGUCCCGCCCUGUCUCUCAAUUCCUCGUUCCUUCCCUAGAAGACCCAAAGGAUCCCUCAACCGCAGCACUAGGCUCGGCCGGACCUGGAGGCCUGGGGGCUCCAGGCACCUCCGGCACAGGCUCGGAAAAGGACGCCGAAGCAGUAGCUAUGGUUGACGACUUCCAGCUUCGGGUGGUAACCUGCCCGAGCCUGGAGGCCCCGAGCCGGGCCCUGGAGGUUCGGCAGAGCUUCGAGUUCCAGCCGUUUGAAGCGGUGACAAUGGUAAAGUCAGUGGUGCUGAGGAAUCGCAAUACUGGGCAGCUGCAGACGCUGCUGGCAGUGUGUACGACGUUUAUAACAGGGGAGGACGCACCUGGGAAAGGCAGGAUCCUGCUCUUUGAGUAUAACCCUCUCGCAACGGCUGAUGGGGAUGGUGCUGGUGCGACUGCAGCAGAUGCCGAGGGCAAGGCAGCUGGUGGAAGCACUGGCAUUCCCUUGCUGAGGGAGCACUAUUCGAAGGAGCCCAUAGCGGGCAGCAGCCAAAGAGGCAGCGUGGCAGCACUCACGGCGCUGCAGGGCAACCUGCUGCUGGCGGUGGGGAGGCAGCUGGUGCUGUACGCGUGGAACGGGGUGGAGCUAGAGGGAAUCGCUUUUCUUGAUGCUCCCCUCUAUGUUGUGUCCAUGGCAACGCGGGAAAGGGUUGGUUUAGAGCUGCAGUGCUGUGCAGGGUUGGGAAAUCUGCUGCUGGCGGUGGGGAGGCAGCUGGUGCUGUACGUGUGGAAUGGGGUGGAGCUAGAGGGGAUAGCCUUCCUCGAUGCUCCCCUCUACGUUGUUUCCAUGGCAACUGUGAAGAGCUUCGUUAUAGUUGGGGAUGUGCUAAAGAGCGUCUACUUCCUGCAUUGGAGAGAAGAGGGCGCUCAGCUCACCCCAACCACCCUCCCCUUCCCCCCACCCCCCUCUUCCUCCCUCCUUGUGUUUCAGGUGAAGAGCUUUGUGAUUGUAGGGGAUGUGCUAAAGAGCGUUUACUUCCUGCACUGGAGAGAGGAGGGCGCUCAGCUCACCCUCCUCGCACGCGACUUCUCCUCUCUUCCGAUUACAGCCGUCGAAUUUCUCAUCGACGGCUCAGCUCUCGGCCUGCUAGCAACCGACACAGCCAAGAACCUCCAAGUCUUUGCUUACUCCAAAUCCAUUGAGACACACAUGGGACAGAAGCUUCUGCUCAAGGCAUCUUUCCAUACAGGAGAGGUGCUCUCGAAGGUUCUCCGAUUGCCGCUGCCUCCUCCUCUUGCCAUUGCAUCAGCAGGAGGAGGAGGAGGAGGAGGAGGAGGAGGAGGAGGAGGAGGAGGAGGAGGAGGAGGAGGAGGAGGAGGAGGAGGAGGAGGAGGGGUGGGAGGGGGGGUAGGGCAGCAGCAGAGGAACCCAGCGGCGGCAGCUUCGGGCCGAACCAACAGGUUCGGCGUGCUGGCAGGGACGCUCGGGGGGGCGAUUGCGGUGGUGACCCCAGUUCCAGAGCUGGUGUUUCGGAGGCUGGAUACGGUGCAGCGUUACAUGGUAACCGCAGUGGCGCAGACGGCAGGGUUGCACCCGCUGGCGUUCCGGGCGGUUCAGGGGGUGGGGAAGGGGCAGCAGCAGACUGGAGUGGAGCGAAUGAUUGACUCGCAGCUUCUUGCUCAUCAGCAGCAGCAGCUAGCAGAGGACAUCGGCUCCACGUGUCCCAUGGUGCUGCAGAACCUCCGAGACCUCGCACACAACGCCAUGCUCUUCUAG